AUGGCUUCCAUCACCUCCUUCUUCUUCUUCUUCUUUCUCCUUCUCCUCACUCUCUCCUCCACCAUCCAUGCAAGAGAAAGCCAAUUCUUCGCCAAAAUCUCCAACAACAUCCCAAAAGAAGUACAACCCUUAAACACCAAUCAACAAGAUCCCAAUUUCAUCCCACAAACCCAACCAGACGGCGGCGCUUACGGCCUCUACGGCCAUGAAUCAGGCCAACUGCCACCUUCUGCCACCGCCAACAACUUCCCCCUCCCCGCCAACCUCCCGGAAAACUACAACCCGGUGGCUUACACCACCCCUAUUCACAGCAGCACCCAAGACUUCCCUGACGAAUUCAACGACCAGUUCACCGGUGAAACCGGAAUGUACAACUCUGAGAAGCAAGAAAUGGGUGCAAAGUUUGCAAGUGGUGGCGAUAUGUACAACUCCGGGAAUCAAGAAAUGGGUACAAAUGGUGGCAAUAUGUACAACUCUGGGAAUCAAGAAAUGGGUACAAAUGCUGGCAAUAUGUACAACUCUGGGAAGCAAGAGAUGGGUUCAAAGUUUGCCAAUGGUGGCGAUAUGUACAACUAUGGGAAGCAAGAGAUGGGUACACAUGGUGGCAAUAUGUACAACUAUCAGAAGCAGGGGAUGAGUGACACUAAGUUUAUGGAGAAUGGAAAGUACUACUAUGCCCCCGGCGGCGAUGGGUACAAGUCAGUGAAGCCUCAGUUUGAUGAUACUAGGUUUGUGGAGACUGAAGACGGCGGUAAUAUGUACAACUCCCAGGAGCAGGGGAGUGAGGAUAUGUACAACUCGGAGAAGCAGGGGUUGGGUGAGACAAAGUAUAGUGGAAGUACAACUAACAAUGCUAAUACGUACAACAUGGAGAAGCAGGGGAUGAGUGAUACAAGGUUCUUGGAGAAUGGAAAGUACUAUUAUGACCUCAAUCUUGAGAAGAACUCAAGAGCAUUUGACUCAAGAAAUGGGUACAACACAAAUGGGUAUAAUGGGAACAACUAUAAUUCGUAUGAUAGGUACAAGUUCAAUUCCAAUUCCAAUUCCAAUGGUGGAUAUCAAAACCAAGAGGAGUUCCAAUACAACCAAGACAAUCAAUUCAAUCCCUGA